AUGGCUACUUUAACAAAAAGAAGUAAGCGUCUCAAGGGCGAGCCAGUUGACGAAGCUCUAAAACUGAGAGAAUCUGCUCAAAAAUCUGGAGACCAGCCUCUGUCCCCAGACGCCGAAUGGAACCAGCUGCCCUACGAGAUCCUUCUGCAAGUCUUCCACUACCUGGACGACAACAGCGACAAGUACCACGCCGCCCUCACCUGCAAGUCCUGGCUCCGCCCACUCUCAGCUCCGUCAAUAUGGCGGACUGGAGACUUUCGGUUCACCUUGACGAGUGUACGUAAAGCCCUCGAAUUUGUCAUGAACACGGGAAAAACGUUACGUCACAUAAGAGCUGACUGUCCAGAGAGCAAAGACAGCGUCCUCAGUUCCAGCACACACGAGCUUUACCUGUUCCUGGCCCACCUCCUCAACGCCGGCAACAAGCAGCUGCUCACCCUCAGACUGACCAACAUCAGCCGGUUGAAGGCGUCUCCCGUCCACCAGAUGUCUGACGUGGUCAAACUUCUUGCUCUGCUUCUACAACAACAGCAACAGUUACGAUCGCUUCACCUUAGCAACGCCCUCUUAACGUUAGCCCAAGGUCAAGAGUUGCUGUCCGCAGCAAGCCAAAGCUCGUGCAACACCCUCCAGACUCUGGCAGUAGAUGAAUUUGUUUCACCCUCGUUCAUCCUGAAUGCAAGUACAUAUUUAGCAAACAGCAUCGCCAUCCUGUGUGGCUUUCGUCAAUUAUCAGAACUGGAAGUCAGCUACAGCUACCUAGUUGAUGAUGUCCUGCUUGGUCUGGCCCAGUCAGCCAACACUAAUCUGCAGCUGAUGACGGUUUGCGCUGACGAUGACGUGGAGCAGGAAAGACAAACCACACCGGAAGCCUGGCAGAGCCUCGGGUCUGCUUGUCCAGAUCUCAAAGUGAAAGUGGUCAUCCAAUCCAAAAUGGGAUCCUAUUUCGACCGCUCGUUGCUGUUUAUUCUAACGCAAUCGAUGCCACUGUAUGCUCUUCACUGGAACACGGGGCCCGCUAUCGCUAUAGCAAAUAUCAAACUAGGCUUGAACCAUGUCGCCACACACUUUCAGAACAGCCUACACUAUCUGAAGAUUGAGUCUGGUGUUCGCAUAGACGAUGACAGCACGAUGGAGAUGUUUGAAAGCUUACACCAGUGUAAACAGCUGGAGACUUUGACCUUAAGUUUAGUUUGCAACAGGAGAACGGACGAAGAGAUGUACAAGCGAUCUAUCAGGGCGGCUCUAGCUAGAAGUCCAAUGUCGUGUUCUGUUCAAUUUAACGGUCAGGACAUUUAGGCGGCCUGGUCAGUAACUGUACAAGUGGAGGAUAUGAAGUUGUUCAAUCGAUUUUUUUUAGCUAGCAA